UAAUAGCCUUAUUUCCUGGUUGACUGUUUUGUGUGUGUCUGUGUGGGAGGACAGAGACAGACAGGCUGAAAACCCACUGAGGACGGUCUGUGGACACGCUGGUGCUUCUGUCUAAUCUGUGUUUGAGCCGUGAACGUUCAGGAUGCUGCUGUUUCUGCUGCUGCUGCUGAUGUCCUGCACCUCCCAGGCUUCACAUUUCUAUGGGACAGUGAUAACUUAUUAUCCAACAGAUGUUCGUUCAGAUGGAGCGGUGACGGUCGUCCUUCGCUCUAAGCUGAACUUCCGCUCUUGUAAUGACUACACACAUGCAACCUGGCAGUGUCACCGUGGAAACUGUGGCAAUGAGACUUCAGCAGUGGCCGGCACUGUUGACAGUGAAAGUACUGGACAGUUUUGUCAGACAGAGGUAGUUUAUACUCGACAGGUUUCUACGAAUGCUCCGUUUCAGCUGUGGUUGAACAGCGGUAACUGGAUAUUAGGCAUUGUAAAUCGUAUUGUAAGUUGGAGAGCUUUGAUACGGGUGGAACUGAGGAACCGGUCUGAUACUGGCCAAGCCAACAGAUCACCACAGACCACCAUCCUGCCGGCUGUCCGAGUUCCUUCCAACUGCCAGAGACAAUGGAACUUGUUGACCUUUGACCCUGAUGGAGAUGAGGUUAAAUGCAGAUAUGGAGACGCAUCAGAGGAUGAGUGUAACCCCUGUACACCACCGUCUGUGCUCAACCUCUCAUCAUCUUGUACCUUAUCGUUCGGACCCACUGGCAGUGGGAAUCAAGGACCGUAUGCUGUGCAGCUGGUGAUGGAGGACUUCCCCCGACAGAGCAUCACCCUGACUCAAACCGACGGGACAAAGGAGAACAGAACCACCGACACCAGCAUCAGCAAAAUACCGGUCCAGUUUGUUUUACAAGUGGAUCCUGUGGUUCCAUCCUGUACAGACGGACUCUACCUGCCCAGGUUUCUCCCACCGACCCCAGACCAUGGAGCUCAGCUGUAUGUCCUGGUCAACCAAACACUGGAGAUACGCAUCCAAGCAGAGGCAAACAUGUCAACGAUCUCUGAGCUGCUGUUCAGUGGACCACACAACAUGGCUGAGAACAGAUCUGGACCAGGAGAGUACACCCUGACAUGGAGCCCCUCCCCCAGUGAAGCAGGACAAAGUCACCCAGUCUGCUUCCUGGUCCAGGCCGUCUUAAAUUCAACCAAGUAUCACUCAGAUCUGCGAUGCAUCAUUAUGACUGUCGGAGGCACUCCAAUAACAACAACCAUGUUAGCUCCCACCACCGUUUCCUUUACAACUACAGAGACUGUAACAAACUCCACAACAAGGCCAAUAACUGCUGUAACCUCUGCACCUGCUGGGACCCAAAACUUCAUCAUCGCUCUGCGUUUGAAGACUUCCUCAUCAUCUCCACUGACUGAGGACAACAUACAGGACACUGUCCUCCAACAGCUGAAAGAUGAACUGGUGAGGCAGGGGCUGCCAUCGAGCACAACUCUACGCCUUCUGAGAAUCACUGAACCAUAAGCUACACUGACCUAAAGUGGUCUAAUAUCACAUUUUAUUCAUGCUACAAUAGGGGUCUCAAACAUGUGUCCUGGGGCCCAAAUGCCAAAGGUUCCAAUGCGGCCCCUGGGAUGAAUUUACAAAGUGCCAAAUUCCACAGUCAAGGCUGUGGAACUCAUUUUAGUUCAGGUUCAAU